GAUAAGUACAGCCAGAGCUGCAGAGAGAAAGAUGGAGAAUCCACUGCUUUUAUCCCCCCAGCCCAAUGCUUCUUCACGAAUGAAAUUGUUAUAUAAGAGCAUGAAACCUUUCCAUAAAGAUGGGCCAAAGACUGAAGCAAAAAAUGGGGCACAGGAAAAGAAGAACCGCUUGAGUCUCCUGCUGAAGAAGUCUGAAUUGCACCAAAAUCCCACCCAUCUUGACACUUUUGAGAAACUGACAAAUCCUUCAAGUGAGUCCCCUGAAGAAAUAAAGAAAUGGGGUGAAUCUUUUGAUAAACUUAUUUCACAGAAAGCUGGGAUAGAUGCAUUCAUAAGGUUCCUCAAAUCUGAGUUUAGUGAAGAGAACAUUGAGUUCUGGCUGGCGUGUGAGGAUUACAAGAAGAUCAAAGACCCUGGUCAACUUUCACUCAAAGCAAAGGAAGUAUACAAGACAUUUAUUGAAAAAGAUGCUCUAAAAGAGGUCAAUCUUGACUUUAACACCAAAGAGCGUGCCGGUCAGAACAUCAGCCAUCCCACAGUCAACAGCUUUGAUGCCGCACAGACAAAAAUCUACAUGCUGAUGGAGCAAGACAGUUACCCACGAUUCCUGAAGUCCAAUCUUUACUCAGAUUUGCUCAACGGCAGGCCUCUGGGCUAUUCUGCCCUCCGAAGAAGAUCACGCUCAUUUACCUUCAAUGAAUUCAAAGAUGCUCAGCCAGAUUUUGCCAUCUGGCUGUAAGGGAAAAUCCUUGUCAGAGUCUACCACUUUGAGAAUAUAGUGAUUUUGGUUGAAGGUCAUUGCCUCAAGAGACUUGUGGGAGUGUAGCUUCAGAUUCCCAUGGAAUUGUGUCCACUUUCACCUGUUAAUGAUCUGGACUUUAAGUCUUUCCCCAAUUAGUUUUACUUGACUGUGGUGGUUAAUGGCUCCCCCCCCUUUUUUUUUUUAUUCUCAGGGAUCUCCAGACAGUGAUCUCAGGCCAGCAGAGGCCAGCUGCAUAAUAAUUCACAAUAAUAGCCUCCACAGCCCAAACUCUCUACAUAGAAGGAACAACCAGGGCUCCACUGCAUGCUGUUGGACAUAACAUAACACUUAAAAUAUAAGAUACAAAAUCCAAACUAGAGAUUGAAGAUUAUAUAUAGACUGUCUACUUCUUGCAAUUUGUAAAUAUUUUCAGUCAGGGGAAUUUGUUGGGGGGAAGAUAAAGAUAGAGUUUCUGGGGCUUUAUCUGUCCUGAGGGCUGACAAUAGGCCAGUACCUUACUUAUUGUAAAGUUAUACAUCUAAGAUUUUAAUGCUAAAAUAUUCAUAUUCAGUGUUGUUCUUUUUAGCACAAGAAUAAAGCCAACACAAGCCUUUCUGAUAGAAUAAGAGAACAAACUUUGGUUUGCAAAUGAUGAGGAACAGAAAGUGGGCAGAAGCUGAGGGAUGUUAAUACUCAGGUGUAUGUUUUCCUAUCUCCUUUUACAUUCCAGGAAUAUAAAUGAUCAGAACACAAAAGCCAUCCCAAUGCCAAAGUGCUCUUUUUAACAGUAGUGUGCUGAAAUCUCCCAUACAUAAAUACAAUAAAAAAGUGAAAUAAUACACAAUUUUUAAAAAUGACACUCAGAAAAACAUACACAUUAUCUGGGUGGUAGAAAAUUGUCCAGAGGAGCUGUUUCUGACAUGCUUUGUCUCAGAAAGCCACAUCAUGUAAAGUUUUCCCCAAAUAUAGUCCUUGACAGAAAUGAAUAUUAGCUGCUAUCUUGCAAGGAAGAAUGUAAGCGGCGUGCAUUUGGGUUUUUCUGUUGAACUGGGAAUCACACCUUCCCCUUGUAUUUGGUUGACAAGAAACAGUUCCAUGUACCUCAGUAUUCACAGUGGGAGCCCUUGAGACCUGAGCCAGUUUAUUAGUCACACUACAGUGUGAUAACAGCAAGAGUCACUAAAAUAUGGAAACUAGGAUUUGCCUUUCUUAUCUGUGAAUGGAAUACGAAGUGUUUGGGAUGUAAUUGUAGCCAGUUGGCUCAGUAGAAAGCCCCACUAAGUCCAGUGGGUAUGAGAUUUACACUCAAGCAAGUACGGCUAGAACUACAGCCAACUACAUUGGUUUAAAUUACAUGUGCUCUGAAUUCUGCAACUGAAAUAGGCAUGGACAGACAGAGCUUGAACAUUUACCACAGAAGGUAAAUAGUGAGUGGGGGGAAUGGGGAAUUGGGAAUCAAUGCUUUAAACUGAAUACAGUUGUUAUCUUAUUUACCCAGAAGGCCAAACUAAAUGUGACUGGGUCCAAACUAUGGACCACGUUACCAUUUUAAAUGAAUUUAAAAAUGCUGUGAUGGCUGAGGCACUCUUGUCUCCUCCUCCCCCCAUGUCCAUGCCUGAAUUUUCCAAAAUUCAGAUUGGGUCCUUGUGGCAUUUUUAAAUCCCUUUAAAAUGGCAAUAGUGUCUGGAUCAGACUUGUGAAUGCAGUUGUGUCUAGUUUAGCCUCUAGGGAUGAUUUUUGUAGGUGCUGGGAAAUAUCUGAAGGUACAAUUAAUAUUUAUUCUGACCUGACAUGUGGAAGGUUGGCUAAAGUGGUCUAAUCCAUCUCACAGUGUUAUGAGGAUAAGAUGGAAAAAGCUGAAAUGAACUAAAAUAAAUAAAUGAGAAACGGAGAUUGACAGCGCAAAGCUCGUACAGCAUAAACAGAGAACAGAGGAAAGGAUGAGGCAUGGCACUGAA